AUGACCGAGCCAAGACCGACUGAGAAAACAACCGCCUCAGAACGGCCACCGAAAUGGAGGCGCACGCUCCUGCUUGGCGCGGCCGCAGUAGCUUCAGUGCUGGUAUUGAAUAUCAUUAUCCUCGCUUGGUCCGCGUCAACGGCUGGGGAGUAUAGUGCGAAUGAGGCCAUUUUCACAGGAUCCUGUGAAAAAUCCCAGAACAUUUUGGUCAUCAACCUUCUCAGCACGGUAUUGCUGGCCGUCAGCCUCAAUGCCGCCCAGAUUCUGCUCUCUCCAACACGAGCAGAAGUAGACUGGGCCCAUGGGAUUGGAUCCUGGCUCCAUGUCGGAGCUCCGAUGAGUUGGAAUAAUUUCUUGGCCGCUUCCCCGUUACGUUGUGGAUUGAUUGCCCUGCUGGUGUUGACCAGUUUACCUUUACACUGGAUGUACAACUCGGUAAUCUUCCUAAACUCCGCUUCCAAUGCCUACACAGUGACAGCCGUCACGCCCGAGUUUCUACCCCCGACCUACGGCGCCUACAGUGAUCUGAAUGCGCUCAGCUUCGGCUGGGCAGAAAAGCCGGCCCCGGAUGCCAAAUGGGGAGAGACUGUGCAGUGGAUGCAGCACAAUGUCGAUAAACUAACCAAUCUCUCCAACCACGACUGCGUCCAGGCGUACGGCAGUGGAUUCUACCAGUCGACCUGGGGAAACGUGCUGCUGGUAACCGACGCAAAACCGGGCUUCGCAGUGGGACCAGGAGUAGGCUCUGGCAUUCCGAACAGCAGUGUCAUCCUGGCGCUGGAAUACUUUCCCGCACCUCAUCGUUUGGGGGGCGACAGCGAUCUGAGUUGGCUAUGUGGCGACUUCAUGGACGAGACUUGUAGCUUCUCAGAGGCUUUGAAGUAUUCGUCCGAGUGGAGGCUAGAGAGUAUGUAUUAUGGGUUUGGCAAGAGCCAGCCUGACAGCGCUUCUGUUAAAUACUGCCUUGCGGAGAAACGGAUGGCGCCGUGCUCUGCGCGCAUUGCAGGCCCUCUCCUGACUAUUGUGGUCAUUCUCAACGUCAUUCAAUUAGCCUGUUUGGUGGUGAUUCUGUCAUGGAUGUCGAGCUUCAAGCCACUGGUACUGGUCGGCGAUGCCAUUGCCUCGUUCUUACAGCAGCCUGAUGCUGCGGCUCCCACCCCCGGGAAGCCGAAGACAACGGAGCAGGAGACAAAAGGCCAUUGGUUUUUUGCAGGGCUUCUUUUCCUAAGCUCACUAGUGGUCGGCCUUGUAUUUCUUGUCAAAUCGCUAAAGGCACCAUCCCAAAGCCCAAAUGGCUGGUACCCGGUUGAAUACUGGACAGCUACGCAUUGGUUUCCUUCCAAUGGCCUUGACACGGGCCUAACACGCUUCCACAUCAACAUGGCGACAUCCAGCUCCGUACUAGGCAGUCUCCUGCUCAUUAACCUGCCCCAACUGCUCCUUAGCGUUGAUCUCUUCAUCUACAAAUACCUCCUCAUCCUAAUUGUAGCCGCUGCUGAAGUCUCCAAGUUCGCCAUCCAGCGCGCUGGUCUUCGCGUCUCAUCACCAGUGAAAGGAACGCAUCAACACUCAACAUACUACCUCCAUCUACCUUUCCACUACAGCAUCCCCUUCCUCAUUCUAUCCGCAUUCCUGCACUGGGCGCUCAGUCGCUCUUUCUUCCUCGUGCGCAGCGAUAUCUACAGCCCUAGCGGCUCCAUAAUCCCCAGUACUUCAGGGAGAAUAAUGGGAGGCUACAGCGCCAUCGGCAUCCUGAUCGCAUUUAUUCUCGGUGUUGUUCUGGUUGUGGGCCUUAUUGUCGUCGCUAUCGUCCUGCCUCGCUCGAGGACGGGUGUCCCGUCUCUGAACUCGUGCAGUUUGAAUUUCAGCGCGGCAUGCCAUCCUCCUGAUGGAGAUGAGGAUGUUGCUGAGAAGGAGGUGGUUUAUGGAAUCCCCAAGGCCGAUCCGAAUUCGAAUCCUCCUGCGUUGGAAGGUGAGGCUGAGAUGCACGAGGAGGGUCAGGGCCGGGCUUAUGUUUUUACGAGUCGUGAGGUUUGUCCCUUGAAGUAG